AUGCCUGGCUUCGACUUCACAAACUACAACCGCAAUGCGGCCCUCCACGCCCGUGGCGUGCCCCUGCCCAAGGCGACAAGCACAGGAACGACCAUCGUGGGAUGCAUAUUUGACGGAGGUGUUGUCAUCGCCGCCGAUACAAGAGCAACUUCAGGCCCCAUCGUUGCCGACAAGAACUGCGAAAAGCUUCACUACAUUGCUCCUCAGAUUUGGUGCGCCGGCGCUGGCACCGCCGCUGACACCGAGUUCACCACGGCCAUCAUCUCGUCGAACCUCGAACUCCACGCCCUCUCCACAGGCCGCAAGCCCCGCGUCGUCACCUGCAUGACCAUGCUCAAGCAGCACCUCUUCCAGUACCAGGGCCACAUUGGCGCCUACCUCGUCGUCGCCGGCUGCGACCCAACAGGCACCCACCUGUUCACCGUCCACGCCCACGGCUCCACCGACAAGCUCCCCUACGUCACCAUGGGCUCCGGCUCCCUUGCCGCCAUGUCCGUCUUCGAGACGCAGUGGAAGGCCAACCUCACCCGCGAUGAGGCCGUCAAGCUCGCCAGUGACGCCAUCCAGGCCGGUAUCUUCAACGAUCUCGGCUCCGGCAGCAACGUUGACGUGGCCAUCAUCACCCAGGACAAGACGGAGCUGAAGCGCGGCUACGUCAAGCCCAACGAGCGGAGCGCCAAGCUCAAGAGCUACGCCUUCCCCAAGGGCACGACGGCUGUGCUCAACGAGAAAAUCAUCAAGAAGAACGAGAUCGGCCGCUACGUCAGCGUCACCGAGGUGACAUCUACCGGCGAGGCUAUGGAGGUCGAUUCUUAG